AUGGCCCGGGGUAUCAUCAAGCACCUGAAGCGCAUGUAUGCGCCGAAGCACUGGAUGCUCGACAAGCUCCGUGGCCGAUGGGCCCCCAAGCCCAACGCCGGUCCCCACAAGCUCCGGGAGUGCCUGCCGCUCAUCGCCGCUGGACGUUACACCCCGGAAGUGCUCGGCGCUCAACCCACAAGGGCUAAGUUUUGA